GUAUCUGGACAGUCUAAGCUAAGCUCAAUGUACAUUUUGAUAGUUUAACAGUGACAUAGUACAGCUGAUUAAAUUAAUCCUCUUCCAGCCUUUCGCGCUAUGUAAUACUGAGAUUUGUUUCCCGUUUCCUCUCUUUUCAUAUCAACAGAAGUAAAUGAAAAGUGUGUUAGUGUAUAGGCAGUAUUGUUUUCGAUUAAUAUUUUCAGAUACUAGAUGUUAUUAAUUUUAGUCAGGAUUUGAAAUUGUGAACAAUUGAUUACCGCUUUGUGGAGACCUAUGAAUAUAAAACUGUCAUGGAAGAUUACGUAGACAAUUGUGGAUCUGAGGUAGGUGUGCUGAGGCGCAAACUCCAGAGUAAGGCAGAAGCUUUGCUGAUCCUCACACAGGAGUUGGAGCAGUGCAGGACUGAACGUGACCAGUUGAAACUGAUCGCUGAUCAGUCACAGAACAGGCCUGUGAUCAAGAAGACUUCAGAUGAUCAGUUGUCAAGAGGGAGGCUAACGGUGUACAGUGAUACUCCUAUCAAUGGAUCCAACUACGAUCAUUACCUGGAGGUGCGAGAACAAAACAAAGCCUUGAGAUACGAGAUUCAAGAUCUAAAACAGAAACUGAGAGAAGCUUAUGGUGACAUAAAGGUGUUGAGGGCUGGAGCAGCUGAGGGCUCCAGGUCAGCCUCUGUCAAAGAAGUCGUGCCGUCUCAUAAUCGUGAAGAGCUGGUGGAGCAGCUGGAAGGAAUGAGCUCACGAGUAUGUCAGCUGGAGGCGGACCUGCGCGGCGUGCUGGACGAGAAGCAGGAGCUGGUCACGGAGCGAGAGAGUUACCUGUGUAAACUGGCCAGACUCAACCACCAACUCAACGUGUUACUCAAGAGUGACACCAGUCGGCUGAUAGACAUAGACGCGAUAGUCAUGGAUAACAAAUACCUCCAAGAGCAGAUACAACAACUCCAAGCGGAGAAGGAAUUGUCUCAUCAGGCCUUACUCAAGUAUAAGAGCAUGCUGGACAAGAAACGCAACAAGGGGGUGGUGAAACUAGGCAGUCAGUCCUCUACCAUGGUGGUCACACACAAGCAAGUUCAAGAGCUGUUAGAGCGAGGAACGUCUGCUCAGCUUCCAAACACAGAAGCAACACUGGCUGACCUCAAGAGCCUGUGUCUGGCUCUACUGGAAGCCUUGCAAGAUAAGACUCUUGCACUUGCUCAUCAGAAAAAGGCCAACAAGAUCCUAGCGAGUCGCAUCUCGGACUUGGAACAAAGGUUCAGCAGCAACGCUCCAAUCCAACUUCUGCAGCAGAGUCUCGCUAGCACUGAUGUGAUGUCGCUACCUCUCCGUCUCACCGAUGGUUUAUUGGAAGAAAUGGAAACACUAAAGCCGAGCCCCAGCUGUAACCCUGAGCCUCCAUGCAAUGGCUGUGACACAGAUAUACAUGACAGCCUGCCUCAAGAUAUCCAAGAUUUAGUGACGAAGGCCUUGCAAGAAAUUCAAGAAGAAAACUCAAAAACCAACUGAAACCUUAAAAACAGUUCUUCUAGUCACAAGGUUGUUUGUCUACAAAGAUUUGUUGCUUAUAUGUUACAAGGUUUAUUUGGAAAUAAAGAUGCUAUUGUUAUUUUAAAA